AUGUCCUCCGACGACGCGCGACGCGCGGAGGCGACGCGGGGAGAUCACCCCCCUCGAGGAAACGCGCGAGAAACAUGCGGCGGCGCGUCCCGCGAGCGUGCGACGCCCCCCGCGCGCGCCGCCGCGAGGACGCGUCGGGCGUUCGACGAAUCCAUCGCGUUCGCGUCGAAGUCCUCGCGGGCGCGCGGGCGCCGCUCGCUCGUCGCGUUCGCCCUCGUCCUCGCGACGAGCCUCGUCCUCGCGGCGGUCCCUCCCGUCGGGGCUGGGCUCGAAAAAUAUCAGUACAUGGGCGCGGGCAUCGAGCACACGUGCGUCGUGCUCGACGACGGCAAGGCGGUGUGCUGGGGGAAAAUCAGUGAUGGACGACUUCUGGGCACGUCGGGGGGAACCUCAGUGGAUUCACCGAAGGAUCACCCCGACGUCACCUGCGACUUCGGCACCGUGGGCGGCGUGGACCUCACCGUCAAGAGCGUCUCCGUCGGAUACAAGCACUCGUGCGCCAUCCUCAGCAACGACAGGGUGAAGUGCUGGGGAAACAACGUUGAUGCUCGACUCGGCAUCGGCAUCACCACUUCCGAUAGUUCUCAAUUCGCUGGGGACAGCUUGCCGUACGUGGAACUGGAAUCCGCAACACCAACCACCCCUCCUUUCUUGGCGAAGGAGGUCGUCGCCGGAGCCAAGCACUCGUGCGCGAUCACGACAGGUGAUGAACCCAAAUUGUACUGCUGGGGAAAUAAUGACCAGGGGCAAGCCAACGUCGCUGAUACGCGUACCACCAUCCCACGUCCGAGGGAUGCUAUUAACUUUGGCUUUGCUCCUGACGGUGUCGUCGCGUACAUGCCUGUGAGCGUCUCGCUCGGUUGGUCGCACACGUGCGCAAUGGUAUCACCCUCAGACUACACAAAACCAGUCGUGAAGUGCUGGGGUAGCAAUAAUAAGGGGCAACUCGGUGCAAUCUCUGUAGGGGACAGAGUCGCCGCGUUGCAGAGUCCAAACGCGGUAGUGAAUUUUGGCCUUGGUCGUCACGCGGUUCAAAUCGUCGCCGGAUACGAAUCCAAUUGCGCACUUCUCGAUAACGACGAGGUGAAAUGUUGGGGAUCAGGCGACAAUGGACGACUGGGCAACGGUGCUACGGCUAACGUAGCAUCCACUAUUGAUUCGGUGGGCGUGGGCUGUAGGGAUACUUCCGGAAGUCUUCAGGUAUGUUUGAAGGCGAAAAGUUUGUCCUUGGGCACGGCGAGCGCGAGACACUACUGCGCCAUCGAGAAAGAUUUUGAGACGGUCAAGUGUUGGGGUCACAACACACAAGGACAGCUCGGGAUCCCCUCUGUCCCCUCUGUCCCCUCCACACAGGAAUCAUCGACGCCACAGGACGUCGACUUGAAAAUGUUGAAAAGCACGGACGACACGACUCUGGCCGCGAGCAUUGUCGCUUUGACGAUCAACGGCGGACCUUGGGCGUCCGCCGACACGUGGUCGACGGAGGAAGCGGAUUUGUACGAGACGGACCAGAAGGUGAUGUACCUGGUAAACGGCGAAUGUCACACGUGCGCUAUACUCGCAGAUUAUUACACCAUCAGAUGCUGGGGCUAUAACGGCGUGGGGCAACUUGGGGAUGGCACGAAUGACCACAUCUCCGACUUGCCGUCGGUCGUCCAAUACACCAAGUACGUGAAUCUGGGUUACGACGCAAUAAAUCGCCGCACGCCCGGUCGAAUACCGAGGUACCACAACAGCUUGUGUACGUGUCCCGGGAUGACACCCGGGAUGACAUCGACGACGUGCAGGCCCGGUGACUUGCAGCCGGCGACGAAGUGGCACACGUGCGGCGAGUACAGCGACACGGCAACGACCAUCCAUGACAACGUCUACGUCUCCGGCCGCACCGUGGAAAAACUCAACUUUUCCAGUGUCGUGACCUUUAACGGUCGCGUGGAGUUGCUCGACGCGAACGCGCUCGUGCGCGUGGACUUUUCGAACGUCGUGUCGAUCCGCGAGUUCUUGCACGUGCGCGAAAACGACGCGUUGACUUCGUUCGCCAUGGACGAGUUGGUGACCGUUGGGAGCGGCGACUCCGCCGCGCACGGCAUCGACGUGCGUUUCAACGAUGUCCUCUCGAAAGUGAGCUUCGCCGCAUUGACCAAAGUUAAAGGCGAGGAUAUAAACGUGGGAAACCCGAUGUGCACAGAAAUUAAUCUACCUCUGAUGGAGCAAGUCAACGGGCACAUCAUCCUCGGCGGCGAGGAUAAAAACUCGGAUGGCGUCCUGAAAUCCGGAGCCUCGAAGAUAUUUAUUACCUCGCCGUGCUUGUGCGGAACCCCCACGUCUAAAUCAUCUCUAACGGGUUGUGAGAGGGUGUGCGAAAUCCCUGGAAUGUACAACGACGAGGAGGACGAGUGCAACGCGUUGAGUAAUCGCUCUCCACGUGUCGGACCUAAUUGGUGCAAUUGGGACGGCAGUCAAUGUUCCAACGAUAUUGCAUAUCAAGGGAGGCCGUGCCCGAGACCGGGUGAAACCCCUCCCGCGGAGAGAACGGCAAUAACUGAGGAUACGUUCGACUAUUGUCAUCGUGUGAACUAUUUCGACGCCGUGACGGGCGGUCUGAGCGCAGGAAGACGGACGAUCCCGAGAACUUCUUCCAAUCUCGACGUCUCGAAAUCAGAAAUCAUCUACGUGUGUCCCACGGACGCUAUCGAUACGGCGACCACCAUCCUCGCCGGAGAAGACGUCGCGCCGGAGGAUGACGCGUGCAAAUCCAACAACGGAGGCUGUUCAGAUCUCGUGUCGUGCACGCCCGGCGUCGGCGGUGUCGUCCACUGCGGCGCGUGCCCGCCCGGGUACCUGGGAAACGGCGUCGUCUCCUCGCCGGCGAGCGACGACGCGCCCGCUUAUGGAUGCGCGGACGUGGACGAAUGCUCGACGAACAACGGCGGGUGCGGCGACUCCGUCGCGUGCGUGAACACGGAGGGAGGUCGCGCGUGCGGGUUGAGCACCAGCGGGGGCGAAUGCUUCGCGAACUACGGAGAGUGUGACCCUCUCGCGACGUGCUCGGAUCCCGACGACGACCCGACGAACGGUAAUGUUCAGUGCGGAGCCUGUCCCAGCGGAUAUUCCCUCGCGGAUGGGAGAUGCGCGCGAGUCGACGCGUGCGCUUCCUCUUCGUGUUUCGCCGGCGUGACGUGCACGCCCGAAGCACCUCCUAGCGUCGGCUACGCGUGCGGCACGUGUCCGAGCGGGUACGCCGGCGACGGAACGUCGUGUGUCGACAUCGACGAGUGCGGCACGGCAAACGGCAGGUGCGACCUUCUGACGACGUGCACCAACACCCCGGCCGGUGCGCGAACGUGCAGCGCGUGCCCGGCGGGGUAUUUCGGCAGCGGCGAGACCGGGUGCGUCGCGAAGACGAGCUCGUGCGCGGAGAACAACGGCGGCUGCGAUCCGCUCGCGUCCUGCUUAGACACGGGAUCGGGCGUGUCGUGCGGCGCGUGCCCCGGCGGUGGUGGGUACUCCGGCACGGGCGCCACGGGAUGCGUGGACGUCGACAUGUGCGCGCCAACGAACCCGUGCUACCUCGCAGUGACCUGCACGGACGUCGAGGCGCCGGGCGCCGGGUUCGAAUGCGGCAGGUGCCCGCAAGGCAUGAAAGGCGACGGCCAAACGUGCGAGCUGUGCACGAUGUCCGCGAGCAUCACGGGCGUCUCUACCGUAGAGAGCGGCACGAUCGCGAGAGGGUUGCAGAAUAAGAUCGUCACGAAUAUCGUGUACAUGGAACCGGCGUGCACGAACGACGAAGGGUACGGAUUUCUGUGGAGAAUCGUCGACACGAGCGACGGAAGUCAAAUCGCGCUCGACGCGUCGAUGACGAAAUCAAACACGCAGCAGCUUUUUCUGCCGGCGCGAACCUUGCCCGAGGGAAAGACGUACGCGAUUCGCUUCGACGCGUUCAGCAAAGGCAACCCGGCGGUGCUCGCGUCCGCGAACGUAAUCUUAUUCGUGAAGGCGUCCCCGCUCGAGGCCGUCGUCGAGGGCGGGUCGCAAAUCCCCGACGGCGUCGUCUUCGCGCUCGGCGUCGCGUUCACGCUAGACGCGUCGGAAUCGAUCGACCCCGACGAAGAGAGCAACCCGUGGUCGUACCAGUGGGAGUGUCUCAAAACUGUCGACGCCACGGGAGACACGACCGGGGCGUUGUCGUGUGGGAGUCACUACGCCGCGGCGUGGUCGAACGUCGCGCCCGUGUCGGUGGGGUACUACGCCUUCCGAGUGACCGUGUCGAAGGGGGCGAGAUCCGCGACGGCGACGCGGUACGUCCACGUCGUGAGCGGCGCGGCGAACUCGCCGAGCGUCUCGAUCGCGCCGAUACCGGGCGGAGUCGUGAACGCGGGCGCGCGCGCGCGUCUGUCCGCGACGGUGACGUCCACCGCUUCGAGCGGCACGACGACGGUCGCGUGGACGGCGAAAAGGUACGAGUUGACGAUAGACGGCGCGAUCGACAUCGCAUCGGCCGUGACCGUCGACCUCGACGCCGCGGGCUUCCUCGCGAUCGAUAGCACGACGACGUCCAAUCUCGUGUUGGCCCCCGACGCUCUCGGUAGAGACGGCGCCGCGCUGUAUUCGUACGCGUUCGCUAUCGACGUGUCGGACGCGAAUGGCGUCGCGAAGGCGUCGAUCGAAUUGCGACGGAACGUUCCGCCGGUCGCGGGCACGAUCGCCGCGCUUCCCGCGAACGGCAUCGCCGCGCAGACGACGUUCGUGAUCGCCGUCGGCGGGGGAUGGCUCGACCCGGACGGUCAUUUGCCACUGAUGAUACGCUUCACCGCGCUCGUCAAGGGCGCGCCCGCGUAUCGAUCGCGCUUGCUUCAAGACUACAGGUGCGUCCCGUCUGCGCGUGCAAACGUUUUUCACCCGUCCAUCGCAUUCCUUAUUUAUUAA